UGUAUGUGCAGAGAGAUUGAAUGAAUUAAUAAGGUGGUGGUGUGCGGGAGAUGAUUGUAUAUCCCAAACCAAACCAAACCAAAUGCACGAUAAGAGUCAUUCACAUGUGCUGCAUGACGCAUGCAUUGACAUUAAGGCAGACCGAUGCGCGCCAAUCAGGCAAGUGAGACAAGGCAGCACACAGCCCAGGAAAGAAGGACAGACCAUCCACACACCAGAGAGAGCCGAAUAGCCAGCUAUGUACGUAUGGAUGUAUGCAUGUAUGCACAUCAUCACAUCCUACUGACGCACUUGUCUGUCUCUUGGCCUGUCUGUCUGUCUGUCUCACUCAUCUGUGGUCGUCGGCUAUCUGCCCUGCUGUUUCCUGAGCAGCCCACAAUACCGCCCGACCAUAACGUAGGUCGCCUGCACAUUAAGCCGCGUCAUCUGCACACACCAUUAUGAGUCAAGUUUCACCCAUUUCUCUUGCCUACCCACCUGGGGGAACACUGAUCCGUCGCAGAUUGCCAGAUUCUCCAAACCCAUCACGCGAAACUCCUUGUCAACCACAGUGCCCAUCGCCGCCGAUCUGCAGAAGGCACACAUACAUCGACAGGCAUGACCGUGUGUAUACUGUGUAUGCGUGCUGUACCCGGUCCAAUGCCAGGUGCCCACGCUGUGCGUCUUAACGAAAUCCCCCAGGCUCUCACGAUCCAAGACAUCUGAUAUCCACCGUGCACAGUGUUCAACGCAAUGCAAGGCGGAAAAAUGUCGCGCUCAUCUGUCUGGGUGCACACACCUGUGGGGAGUGGCGGGACGGCAGCGAAGCGUGUCGCUGCCCGCAGCUGCCGUCGCCUCUCACACUCCUCUGAUGGAACCAAGUCGCAUGCCAGAUCGUCCAGAAUGCCCUCCUGCACACGACCACACAGCGCACGUGUGUGAAUGGACAGAGACAAGUGCACUGACGGCUGCUGACCGGCAUUGAGGCGGGCGCUGACGCUCGCGUCACUUGUUCCCGCAGCCAUUCUGCCACCGGAGACUGGUCGCCCAGCCACUCAGACUCGGAAGCAUCAUUCUCACUCCGAGCGUCCCUGCCCUCCUUCAACGCAUCGUUUUUUCUCUUCUGCAGCUCCAUCCACAGCAGGGCGUCCUGGAGAAAGCUGUCCGACCGACCACUGUGGCCUUGUGUGUCGGUGACAUUCGUGUGCGAUUCGAGAAAGGCCGUGAAAGAGGGGAGGGAGUCGGUGUCGAUGUCUCCCGGGAAGGGCAGCUUUCUGCUGGCGAUAACGAGCAUGUCCACCAGCUUGUUGAAGAUGAAUGUUGGGCACGACAAAGGACCGGGCUUCUCGAACAAGGAAUAAAAUCGACCGCUGCCCAUCACCUACACACAAGACACGUGCACGUGUGUGUACAGGCUCGCUCAUGUGUGAAUAUCGCAUCGCAUCCUUACUCGCAACAGAGUCUCAACGCCGAGUAUGGAGCUGUUGAGGUCCAGACCCUCCUCGUCUGUCAGAUAACCGGCAGUCAAUAUGGGCUCACCUGACAUACGCAGUCGCAGACAAGCAGAUGAGACCCCCCUAUUCGUGUCCAUCCGUUUUCGCUUACCCCAUUCGCUCACAGUAACGUUGCCACGUGACUUGGGGACCACCGGAAACGAGAUGAAUGCGGCGACCCGCCUGCAUCCAUCCAUCCAUCCAUGGCACACACAUGGCACACACAGGGCCAGUUCUCUUUCCAUGUUGAUGUCUCGACUGCCCGCCCACCUGACACAGUCGAACACGGGAUGCAGGGGUGCACAAGCUAUCGAGUCCUCUUUGUCGAGGCACUCGGUCAGCAGCGAGACAAGGAAGUCCACUUCGCUGAUGACAUGCACAAACAACGGCUCAUGAGUGAGAGCGUGUGUGCUUUCAUCCGACAAUAUUGUAUGCGUACGGCAGAGCACGUAGGACGGGCGGGAAGAUCGCCCUGGUGGCCAGGAAGAGGCCGACUGCGUCGGUUCCUGACGCUUCCUCUGACAUGACGUACGUGCACUCGAGACUUGUGUCAGUGAUCCUGCACACACCACACAGGUACCGACGCGCGCACAAUGAGAGCCAGCCAGUGUUUAAACCCCGCCUGCCUUUCUGUGUUGUGUGUACCCAAAAUCCUCGGGACACUUAUCGCCGACGACCUUGAUUCCGCCAGCAAGGGCGACUGUGAUCGGGACACCGCCCUCGGGGAUGGGCUUUUUGAAGAAUACGCCAAUGGUCGACGCGAAACGGUCAUGCAGAUUCUGCCCUAUCCAGGCACACAUGCACACAGCAAAGCGACUACAGGCCUAUAGCCAAUCCCCAUGCCUACCUAAUUCAGGGAUGUCUUUGACGAUCUCUGUGCCCCUCCCCUCCAUGACCUUCUGCACCACGUCCUUCGGUCCGAUGCCGCUGUUCAUCCCCAGGACCGGCGAAAAGAUAGGACCCGCGGCGAUGAGGACCUCCCCUUUUGCCCGAAUGCAGGCCCGCUUUACGUCGCCAUCUUCCCUGGCCCUUCCCGUCUGUGCUAUGUCUCUCUUCCCCCCCUUGGCCGACAGCCCAGCAUUCGCUCGCGAGUCUAUGGGCUCCAACACAUCCGGCGAGUCGGCGUACACAACACAUGUGGCUCUCGGAUUGCCCGUCUCUUCAUUCUUCUCGAACUGAACGCGCAGCGCCGUUUGCCGAGUUAGGAUCUUCAGCCUCCUCGGCAGGCCAGGCGGAUUGGCAAGGCCCCCAAGCGCCAGAUCAUCUGAUGCGAAGCGCCUCCUGUCGGGCGAGAACUCCUUGCCGUCAUUUUCGAACUGGGAGAAGACGUUAAAUGAGCCGACGGAGAAGGUGGGGGAGGGACCGACGAACGGGUCAAAUCCCAGAUCUUGCAAGGAGGCUAUGUAUGCGGGUCCAUAGGUCUCAGGGAUUCCCAUGGGCUGGGCUAUCUGCUCGCGAACCCAUGCGUACGACUGCAGACACAGAUAAGGAAGCAGACCAACAUCGCCAUGAACAGACCGACCCUGGCCCAGUGGUUGACCUCGGUGACCAGCUGUAGGUCGAACUGGGCACCGAACUCCUCUCUCAAAUACUCAAAGUACUCCGGGGUCUCCUCUAUCUGAGAAAGAACACAUACGCCACACGUGCGUACCGACACGGCAUAAGUGAGCAUCCUCCCGUCUGCUCACACGCACCUGGAGACCUCCUGAGACAGCGGUGCCGCCCGAGAGGACAUUGGAGACGUGUGUGAUGGCCUUGUCCACAGUGCGGAUCUCUUGCGCCAGAUCCUUGUUGAUGAGUGCGCUGCCGAAUCCUGCGAUGGUGAGGGUUUCACUCGGGUUCUCCUCGCGCCUGCCUCCCCUUUCAAGCAGCAGCACCUCCUUGCCGCUCUCAGCAAGCGUGUACGCAAGCGGAACGCCGCUCGCACCUCCUCCGAUGACCACAUAGUCAAACAGUAAGCCCGCCUGCCGUCCGUCGUCGUGCAGUUGGGCGAUGGAAGGACUGAGGGAAGCAAAGAAGACGAGCGCGAAGGCGCCGGACUGUUUGCGGCUUCGCCGAUGCAUCCCAAUC